UUUCUUCUCCUUCCUUAAUUCUCCUCCUCCUCUCUAAAUUAAAACGUGCAUCUCUUCAUCUCUCAUCAUUUGUUCCUCUCUUCUAGCUAGCAACAUUAAUUAAGCUUUGAUCGAUCGAUAUAUCAAUCUCUAUUUGCAUGCAUUCAUGCAUGAUCACUUCAAUCUCUACGUCCUGCCAAAUGGAAAUGUAGCAAUUGUUACGUUCGAUUUGUUUGAUUCUUCAUUGAUUUAUUAGUUUGUACCAAUGACGCGAGAAGGCGCGGUUGAGAUCUCCGGCCGUCGUGCACAGAGCGUCGACUUGGGCAGCAUAGGAGAAGAUGGGGGGUCGACGUUGGCGGCCUUGACAGAGGACAACAAUGUGUCGUCGCUCAAGUGCCAAAGCUCAAAAACCUUGAGCAGUGAGCCCUUAACGGAAGGAGCACCACAACCAACCGCCGCCCCGAAAUCAAGAACUGGACCACCUCCGGACGUGGAGUUGAUAAAGGAGAAGUUCGCCAAGCUUCUGCUCGGCGAAGACAUGUCUGGUGCAGGCACAGGAGUUUCCUCAGCUCUGGCUCUCUCCAAUGCCAUUACUAAUCUCGCAGCUUCCGUUUUCGGAGAACAAUGGCGCGUGGAACCGAUGUCAGAUGAACGGAAAGCGAGGUGGAGAAAAGAAGUAGACUGGCUCUUGUCAGUCACCGAUUACAUUGUGGAAUUCGUCGCCACUCAACAGACUACCGACGACGGCAAACAUAUGGAGAUAAUGGUCACUCAACAGCGAAAAGACCUUCGCAUGAGCAUCCCGGCCCUUCGGAAGCUCGACGCCAUGCUCAUCGGCUACUUGGACAAUUUCAAGGGUCCAAAAGAGUUUUGGUACUUGUCGAGAGAUGCCAAGGAUUCUGAAAAGGGACAGAGAGCCGACGAUAAGUGGUGGCUUCCGACUGUGAAAGUCCCCGAGAAUGGAUUGUCGGAGGAAUCCCGGAAAUGGAUUCAGCAUCAGAAAGAGCUCGUCGGCCAGGUGCUCAAAGCCGCCCAAGCUAUCAACGCCAAUGUCCUCAUGGAAAUGGAGAUCCCUGACGACUAUAUCGAAAACCUCCCCAAGAAUGGAAGAUCAAGCCUCGGAGACUCACUCUACAAGUACAUAACAGACGAAGGGUUCGACGCAGAGGCGUUCCUCGAGACCAUCGACUUAUCCACCGAGCACAAGAUCGCCGACCUGAAAAAUCGCAUCGAAGCAUCCGUCGUCAUCUGGAAGAGGAAGAUGAACAACAAGGAAGUGAAGUCGUCGUGGGCCACGGUGACGGGGGGCGUCACGAAUGUAGUCUCGGGCAUCAGUUGGGAGAAGCGAGGCUUGUUCGAAGACAGAGCAGAGACCAUUCUGCUCAUUCUGAAGCACCGAUUCCCCGGCAUUCCUCAAUCAAACCUGGACAUAAGCAAGAUCGAAUACAACAAGGAUGUGGGCUAUGCCAUCCUCGAAAGCUACUCCAGAGUCUUGGAGAGUUUGGCAUUCACUGUGAUGUCGCGCAUUGAAGACGUCCUUCGCGCGGACUCCUGCGCUCGGAAUCUGUCUCGUGAUGGUUCGAUGAAGAAUAAGCCUCCGGAGGCGGACUCAGAGCCGGCGACGGCGGACGUGGAGGAAGUCGCUCAGCUCCUGAAAAUACAGUCGAAUGACUCCAUGACGCUGUCGGAUUUCAUGGACUGGCAGUUCGACAAAGAUACACUGGCAGAGGAGGAAGACCCUGCAGGGAACGCAGACAAAAUGGCGAGCUUGGAGGAAUCAAAGUCGGCGAAGAAAUCCCCAAAUGUUUCAGCUAACAAUAAGAAGUUUUACUAUUUGGAGAAGUUGGUGUAUUGGGAGCCUCAACAUCAAUCAUAAGUUUUGGCAGCUUCAACAAUCAAAAGUUUUGGCAGCUUCAACAAUCAACAUCGAUCGAUCAACAACGAGAUCAACUUAUGAGUAAUAUAAGAUAUACCAACUGUUAUAUAUAUAACUAAACAAGAUUCAUUGUAGAUGUUUUGUAUUUAACGUC